UUCCAUGAAACAAAGCAACAGUCAACACAUACUGUAUCGUGAAACCAGUCUUUCCAUUGAAUCUAUACUAACUGAGAUGAAAACACAUGGACUUCACAAAGAAUCUACAACUCAACGAUAAAAUAAUUGGGGAAAUAAAUGGCUGAAGGGAAGUCACAUGAUGUCGACAACGUCUCAGAUGAGCUGCUCGAUGAUGGCAGGAAUGAAGUGUCCUAAGGUUUGGGAAAGCAAAGAGUGACCCAAAGAAUGGAACCAGUCACUUGUCCUACCCUUCCAAAGGGGAAAAAACCCCAAAACAAUAAGCAACCACAAUCAACAGUGCCAAAACUACAGAACUGUAAUUUAAGCCUCAUUAGCCACCAAAAGUCUUCUUCUUCUGAGUCCUUAGUCCUAACCCGAGCAUAGGACGCAACGACACCAUGCCAGGGAAUCCGGUUCUGGUCGUCCCUCCCGAGAAGAGUCCGUGUCAUCCCAGCUGCCUCCACCUCCCCGUGGACCGAUCUCCUCCACGUCUACACGUAUACCUUCUUGUUCAAGGUCCCCCAUGAUCACUUCAACUCUUUUGCCGAUGAGCUCUUAGUGGAAGAGCAAGCCGAAUUCCGAGAAGGCAGGAGCACAGUUGAAUAGAUCUUUUAAAAGUCGCAUCCUGAUAGAGAAACACCUAGAACACCCGAGAGAUUUGUGUUUUUUCUAUAGUUUCAUCGACUUUAAAAAAGGUAUUUGACAGAGUUUGGCUUUAGGGAUUGUGCACGAAAUCGCAAACGCACACACACACAUACACACUAACUUUUAUUGCAUAAACAUCCAAUGUGCCAAUGAAUCACUUUUCUACAGUUACACUAGCUGCGUUCCUUCACACUUAACUGUCAACCACCCACUUUUCGUGCGCUAACCUCUCAGCCUUGGCAUGUAUAUUCUUUUUUUCCUCUUUACGUGCCACCCGAGGUAAGCAUCUCGCCUUCUCCAGCCACUUGACUGCAGUAGCUUCCAGCAGAUAAAAUCAACGCCAGCAGCUAGAGUGGCGGAAUGUGCAGCCCACCCCAUCUUGUCCCCGCCAGCCACACGCCAGCGAUGCGGGCGCCAGUGAGGGACGUAGCGACAUCUUCAGCUCCUGCCGGCGUCACUGGCUCUCCGCGCCAUAUCCUGCCUGCUUUCUCGCAUCCGCAACAUGGUCGUUUUUUCAUUCCUGACAAGGGAGGGGGCAGCGAUCUGUGAGAUGGAAACGCCUGGAGGAACUGUAGGUUACGAUUUUGGACUGGGAACGACUCCACCUACGCCUCCGCCACAACUUUGUGUCCAGACACCAUGAACGCCUGCAGUAGGGCAGUGUGGACAAGAAUUGUUUAACCCAGCGCAGGCCUACCGUCAUCUGAACGUGACCAGCGGAGCUACGGGACGUGAGGGGUCCGCCUCCUCCCCGCGCCACGUACCUGCAGCCGGCCCCGGUGUCAACCAAUCACAAGCGUCGGUACAAUUUCUUGACCUCAACACGCAAAGUUGGGGUGUGGGGAGGAGAGAGAGAUCCUGUAGCAAAGCAUAAAAUCUCGCUGCCUUGUCUUCACUUUUCUGGGAGAGCUUCUGGGGGACACGCACACCAACCUCGUGGACACCAAAGCCCGCACAGUCACGUACUCGGCCCGCGGGAGGAAAAGGGUGGGAGAGACAGAAGACGACGGCAGCCGCAAAGCAAACUCUGCCCGAGGACAGUUGAACUCGAGUACUUUGUGCGUUCUUGUCAGUCUUCAGUGUUUUCCCUGUGCACGGCUGUCAGUCGGCGGUAUUCGGCUGUAAAGGCAACAUCUCGACCCGCCUGACAGGUUUGGAGUUGGACUAAUCGGCAAAGAAAUAUCUAGACCAGAGAUGAGAUUGUGUGAAAUUGAGUUUGUCGCAGGAUAAAUAUACAUUCUCAGAAGUAUUUCUUACCCUGGCAGUGGAGGCGUCCGGCUGUAGCUUGGGUGGACUAAUUGGCACUUACUACCCGACGGUGGGGUAGCUGCAGCAGCCAGGCCUGAACAUCUGGAUAUUUGCCAGGGUAUCUGACUCCAUCAUCAUCGACUGGGGUGUCUACUUGCAACACUUAGCGCUUUUCGUCCUCGGAAUAUCUACUUGAAACCUGUAAGACUUUCGUCAGUGCGGUCUGCCUGCCUGUCCAUCGUCACCACAACGCCGUCGACCUGACAGUCAGGGUGUCUACCUGCAACAUCCAGAUGCUCACUCUACUUACGACAGUGUUCUCCUGUCGGUGCCAGCCAUGUGUUGAGAGCUGUGAGAGUCGAACCCUCUCCGUCUUGUGCGUGGUCGUGGUGCUCCUCCUGUCCUCGGCGGUUCGGGGGCAGAGUUGUGGUCAGCAGACUGCCUGUGCUGGGGGCCGCCCGCCGGACUCGCGGGGCUGCUGUCCCUUAGGGGCAGGGCAGGUCUGCGGACAGAGGACGGGUGCAGCGUGUGACGGAGAGCUCGGGUACCGAUGUAUGGACGCCGACGGCAACGUGACGGUCAGCGACGAGGGAGUGUGCACAGGCACCUUUGACCUGAAUGUCACAGAGGUCAGGCAGGACGGCCUUGACCUGCAGUGGAGGGACUUCAGGCCGCAAGACUACGAAUUCGAAUAUGCCCUGUUGUACUGUCGGAACUCUUUUACGACUGACCUGUCCACCUGGACCACAGUGGAUAUCGGCACCAGCCCAGAAUAUACACUGCGGAACCUUUCUCCUGGUACCCUGUACUUCAUUCGGGUGGCCAUAUGGGAGGACGCGUACGAAGGAAUCCUGGGAACGAUGUCAGAAGCUGUGUGGGCGACCACUGCCUCCACAGGGCACUGCACUCACAACGGGCAAGAGAUACAGGUGGGUCACGUGACCCAAAACUGCGAGGAAGUGUGCACGUGCCAAGCCAGCGGACAGUUCACCUGCCAGCCUAGAUGCCCACCUCCCCAGGCUCCCGACAACUGCACGGUUCAUCAGGUGGAGGAAUGCUCCUGUAACUUUACUGUCUUGUGCCAGGAGCAGCAGGACACAACAGAUUCACCAGGCACUUCCGGGUCACCAUGGACAGGGUCAUCAGCCAGCGAGGCGCUGCCCUGUCAGUACAAUGGAUCUGCCUACAGUCACGGCACCAACUGGACGGAUGUCACCAACUGCAGUAACUGCUGGUGUCACUGGGGGCUCGUGACCUGCCAUUCGCUGUGCCAGGAGACCGUGGCGCCACCUGGGUGUGUCAACCCAGUAUGGCGGCGUUCUACAGAUGGUUGCUGUCAGACCUUUGAGUGCGAUCCGCAAGACGUGUGUAUCUACAACGACACCACCUACGCUGUGGGCGACGUCUUCAACGACGACUGCGGCCUGUGCACGUGUAACGCCACCAGCAUCGUGACCUGCAUCAGCACCUGCCCACCUGUGUACCUGCCAUUCCCCACCCUCCUGUGCCCUUUCCCGCACGUGCGUCGUACUGUCUGCUGCGACACCGUGCAGUGUCUGGAGGAGAACAUUGAUGCUCAGACGAUGAUCAGUCGCCUGAUGGCCAUUUCCUACGAGCCGCACUCGCUGACCAUCAGCUUCGAGGUGGACCGGGCGUCCUGGCGGAGCGUGACGCAAGACCGUUACCAGGUGAUGACGUCACACUCCGGCGCCGACCCGCACUCGUGGCGCAGCACGACGGUGGCGCCCCGGCGGGUGGACAUAGACGAGAACUCUUCCUCGCCCUCCGUCCUCCUGCAUCGCAGUGCCGCCAUCCAGGUGGGGGAACGGGUGUACGUCACCUUGGAUCAGCUGGAAGCCAAUACAACCUACUACAUACGCGUCACGCCUGUGACGGCUCGUGACAUGGGUGUGACAGAGGAGAGUUCUAACGCCACCAUUUUGCUGGGCUUUCUGGCCGCCACAACCUUAAAAGAAGUUUCCGCUGUGACCAGCCCCCCGCCGUCCACACACCGCUCACACCAGCAGGUGGGGCUGACGGUGUACAACAUUUCCUAUGACGCCGCCUCCUUCCGUUGGCCGACGCUGGAUGACGAAUCGCUCAGUUACGUCACCGGGUUGGUCAUCGAGUAUCGCGAUGACGUCACGGAGGACUGGAACGCCACUGCGCUGAUGCUGCCAACGGCGACAUCGCAUCGUGUGACGUAUCUGAUGGCCAAUCACAAGUACUUCGCCCGCUUGGUGGCGCUAGCCUUGCCCACAGACAGGAUCUCCAUGUCAUCCGUGGAGUUUGUUACAACUACAACGUAUCAAGAUUACUCUGAUCUGAGUCUCAUACUCAUCAUUGGGUUUCAUCAGCUUUUGUGCUUCUGGCUGCUGCGGUCGUAGCGGCGUGUGUCACCUGGCGACGCAAACACGGAAAGUGCCAGAAAGAAACGGCCUUCGAGAACAUGACCUUUGGCGUACCCAUAAGAAAAUGCAGUAUGGAAGAAUCCAAUGGCUUGGACCGCACAGCCGGGAAUGGAGUUUUGCGGAAAGAAGACAAAAAAUCUCACGAUAUUUGCUGAAAAAAAAAGCACUUUAUCUUCUGGAUUCUCCAAGACCAACCAGCCAGCAUUUAGCCGAAAGUUACUACGAGAGUUUCGCUCAUUAUGUGCAUUUGUUCUUCAGUCCAUUCCGAUUUACAUCAUAUUUUAAACCAUUUAAAAUGUCGAUUUACAAUUACUGCGUUUGUGUCCACUGUGUCCCUGCACUGUGAACAGGGUUACUUCAGACACAGGAAUCUGUAUCCCCGGGAUGCCUCGGAGACAAUGUUUUGAGGCUAUCGACAGAACAACUUCCGGUAUAGCGAACGACGACAAUGGCUGUCGGCAGAGUCUGCGAGAGUCACAACAAUAAACAGUCAGGAGGUGGUUUGUACUGUUGCAAGUGUCAAAUGUUUUGGUGUAAGUUUUUAUUUCGAUUCCGCGGACAGGUAUAUCGAAAGAGCAAGAAGAGUGGCGAGCGGCUGUCAUUCAUGCUGUAGGCCGUUCAGACAAAAGUUUAAAGCCACUGAGAGCCAAAAUUUGUUUGAAGCGGAAGUCUGUCCAUUGCUCGCCGAGACUAGAAGCGGAGAACAUAGCGAGAGGCCGAGCGUUGGUCUCGGCGUACAGUCAGCCAUCCACCUUUACACGUCUGUGGUCAGACACCUGUUCGUGGACCGGAAGUACGUCUUUGUGGACGGGAAACACAUCGUAGAUACCAAUCUUCUGUAGAUGUUUAACAUUGCAGCACUCGAGCUUCACAAGACACAUCUUUUAAAUAAAGGAGGACAUAAAAGGACAGAACUGUGAUACUGAGGGAGAAGAGACUGCACACGGCACUCUCGAUAUUCAAGCUUGCAGGGCAAGGAACUAAAUUGCAGUGAAAGAUGUAGGUUUGGAUGACGGCUUUUGCAAAAGGUCCUAAAGGACAAAAGUUUAUGUUCUGGCCUUGAGAUCAGAAUGGGGCCACUGGCCACCAAAUCCUUUGUGUCACGUGUCCUCGUGCUGACUCCCCAUCACCCCUCCCUUAUCAUGGACAGUAUGCAUGAGAUGCGACCAGCAGCAUACUUUCAUUUUUUUUUUUUUUUUUAAUCAAAGCUUCUAUGUAUCAAUGCUUACAAAAUUAAAAAGUGUCACGGGCUCCGGCCGUUGGUCGUAAUGACCUGUACGCCUGAUGCUUGGUCACCUUCCACAAAGCUGUGUUCAUUUAGUAAUGGUCUGCGACUGUGCACGGACAACCUUCCAGCCUGAAAUGUGAACUUUGUGUACAGUCUGACUCACAGUCCAGAAAUAACUUCUGGAAGAGACAUCCUUUUGACCAGCGCCUUCUCAGACAUUUGUAGUGGGGAUGUACAGGAUGGGGGGCUGCUGACACAAAGCGGUGUUUGGUGAGGUACUUGUCAAGUGACCUUUUGGAUGUUUUUGGUGUAGAUGAGUUAUAGAGACUCCAAAGAUCCCAUCCGAGACAGGUGAAUGAGUGAAAUUGCAAUCAAAGACAAUAGUUGAAUCACGCUAAACGGUGUGCGUAGAAAACAAUAUAUUUGUUGUUCAUGUUUGUUGACUUGCUCUUCAAGAGACUGAAGGACCUACGUGUAAGUGCAUACACUUAAGGUGGGUUUUAGGAUUUGUGAAUAUGUUGGCUGCGGAAAAAGUGGUGGUUAUUUUCAUGUUUCUUCAAUCUGUUAUCACUGCCAGUGAAAAAAGCAAAACAUACAAUGAUGUACCUUGUGCUUAUUCCAGCAUCGACAAAGCAGCCUCAGAAUGCUGAUGUAAUCGGAAUUGUAUUGCUGGUGAGGUUGGGAGAAGGGUUGUGCGAAUGAGGAAAGAAGCUGUUUACUUCAUUCCUGGCUUUAUUACAGUCUCGAUACCAUCGAACAUAAAUACUGGACAAGAGGCGAGGUACCCCAUGAAGAGUGUAUAUGAUCCAUAACCAGGUUGGGGGCGGCAGGAUCCAUACUGCCAUUCGGUGUUGCGAGAGGUGAGGACAGCAACAUUGUGAUGUUGUAACUGGUUCAUCUCGCACUUUUCCAAAUGCUUAUGCGGUUCCCGACAAAUUAUGAAACAAAAACUGUUAUAGUCAGCAAGGCACCGUUCUAUAUAGGCAUUUGCUUCUCGAUUAACUAUUCAGUCAAUAUUAAAGCGACGUUUAGUUCAAUAUUACAGUAGCCAGCAAAUGUUUAAAUUUAAGGCAAAGUGAAGCAGUUUUGUGACUGCAUCGACUUCACCAGCUGUCAGCAGAUGCAAUUUUCCUCAGUAUUGUAUUAGAUUCUUGGAAUGUUAAGGUGUACAUUAACUCAGUUUUGUUCAGUUUAAAGUAAUACGAAAAACCCAAAUGACCAUGGAAGGAAUUUAAGAUGUUUAAAAAAUAUAUGGUUUAAGCAAACCACUGCUGGAAAUAUAACCUCAAGUGUGAAUGGAAUAAGAACCUGCUGCACUAGGAUUAGGUCUACGUAUUUACAACAGUGCACACGCCAUGAUUUUAUAAUAUACGAUGCCUACAUUAACCUAGAUGUUUGCAGCAAAAUGACUUGUAACAAGUGUUUGCACUUUUUAAUAAAACUAUUGUUAACAAUCAUUAUGAAGCUCUAAAGAUUAAUGUUUUUUGUUCAAUAAUUAGGGGGUCAACUAGAAUACUUACAGGACUUGCCACUCGCUCAUCAAUACUGCUGACAAGUGCCAUUAAAAAAGUUUGUUUCUAGGGCAAUGUUUAAAUAAACCCUUUUGAUUGGUUACACCAAUUCAUGCAUAAUAAAUUCGUUUUCCUUUGUUCUCAA